AUGGUGAAUCUACCAGAUUCUCUGUAUGAGGACUAUAGUAAAUACAAAUUGACAUGGCCCUCUGCUUCAACCUCUGCUCCGACCACUACAAACUACAGUACGAGGACUACCGUUGUGUCUCUGCCAAACAUACAGACGAUUCUCCAGUGGGUCAAUGAUCUUCACAGUGACAUCCUAAUCAUCUCUGAUCUUGCGCUGCAGAAUCUCUCCAUUCAUAGGAACAAUUUUGAGAUCUUGCCGCUCCUGUUAUGGAAUACUCCUUUUACAAUAGCCAAGAUGUUGCAGGAGGUCGUGAAAAUCUACCGACUUCCAAUUUUCUCUCAGCCGGGGAUGCCAAGUCGAGUGUACAACAUUUUGCUUUUGUUCCAGUGCAUAGCUCAUCACCCAGAGACAAGAGGGCAGUUCCUCAAGGCUGGUAUGCCACACUAUUUCUAUCCUUUGAUGGAAAUCAGUUACACCGAUAAGCCUCUCGAAUGCGUUAGGCUUGGUGCAUUGGGUGUCAUUGCUCAUAUGUUGAAGGCGCCUGGAAACGGAGCUGCUAUUCGUUUCCUUAUGGACACAGGUGCUAUACGUUAUUGCACUAAACCCGUCGAGAUCGGCUCUACAGAAUCCAAAACAAUUGCUGUCUUCAUUAUUAACAAGAUUAUGUCGACUGAUGAGGGGCUUCAGUACUGUUGCGUCUUGGCUGAUCGGUUUUUCGUCAUUGAUGGUCUCCUUAAGAAGCUGCUUGUUUAUCUUUCCUCCAUGGCCAAACCUUCUCCAAGCUUGUUCAAUCUUGUUGCUUCUUGCUACUUCAAGCUCUCUCAGAAAGCCAGGGCUCGUGAUGGCAUAAGGCGAUGCCUUCCUGUCAUGCUGAUAGACGGGACUUUCGCCAGUUUACUUUCUGAGGAUCCAGUCGCUGAUAACUAUCGGAAGCAGCUGAUUGAGAAUCUCAAAAACAAAGCAAUGAAGUAGCUCCAAACACAGUUUUUUAAAGGAAGAAUGAAAAACAGAACGAAACACAGCCAC